AUGAGGGUUGACUUCAUGUUUAAUGGAGAUACUGGAUUUGAACUCAAUAAUGGUCCAUGCAAGUUCAUUGUAGAUUUAAGAACAGGUUACUGCAGUUACAGGUCUUGGGAACUGAAAGACAUUCCAUGUCUACAUGUUAUAACAACAAUGCACUUCAAGAGACUUGAUCCUUCAGAGAAUAUUAGAGGCAGAAAGGAAUCUGACAAUGCAUCUACAAGUAAGGCAUCUACUGGAGGAAAAUCUGGGGGGGCAAGAAGCCACUACAAGAGGCCUAGGCUUCAAGGACAUGGUGUAUUUGUUGCACAAUCUGGUUUUACAAGUAUUAAUCAUGGUUUGCCUACUGCCAGAAAGGUUCAUAUUGGCCCUUUAAUUGAUUCUACCCAUGUUACUGGCGAUAUUGGAUAUAAGCCUCCUAAAGGUUUGAAAUUGAAAGGGAAGGAAGUUGUGACUCAAAGACAACUUCAAGUCCAAGUUUCAAUGGCUAGAAUCAAGACAAGGUCCCAAUCCGGUGGAAUACAAACAAGAUCUAAGGUUAUAGGAAAAUCUUCCUCCAAGAAGACCACUUGAAUUUCUUUACUUUUUGGAUGUAGUAUUUGAUAUACUAGACUUCUUUUUUGUUGAAUUUGUGGGUGGAUAUUUUUGUUAAAUU